AUGGAUGAGCGUAAGAGAUCCAUUCAGCCCGACUCGGACGACAUCUAUCCCAGCAAGCGCCAUCAGACCGCUCAGAAUGUGCCCCAGAUGAGGAUGGACUCCGAGAAGGAGAAGGACGUCGAGUCGUUCCAGAAAGACGCCAUCCUCCGCCAGAUGAAAGAGUACAAGCGCGAGAAGGCCCUCUACGAGUCUCAAGUCCAAGACCUGUCCAAGCGCUCCCAACACCAUGACGACCAUUUGCGCAUUGUCGACGCAUGGUUUACCCAGUUACUCGACGAGAUCAGAAUUCUGGUCGGCGACCUUGUCUCGGACCAAGAACCUGAGGCUGGUGAACUCUUCCGCUCAUCAUUGCUCUUCGAGGACCACUCUCAAUUCGAAUCUCACCUCAAAACCCGCUCUUCGAAAAUAAAGGCUGCUAUCAAGGAUGUUUUUGGCAGACUGCCUGCCGCCGAACCAGAAGUCAGGAGUCUGCAGGAGAGAUUAUCCGCUCUGUUGGCCACAGAAAAGGCACAUGUCAUUGAAAGCCAAAGAAUCAUUGGUGAGCGCGACCAGCUGUCAGAACGCUUGGAACAGGCCUCUUAUCGUUACCUCCUUGCCGAGAAAAAACUCGAUCGCGCAAAGAGUGCUCAAGUACAAAAGCUCGAGCGUCAGGCAACGAUGGGCGGAAUCUCGGAAUCCAGCUCCUCUACAGAAAAGAAAUCGGCCAAGAACGAGGUUGCUGAGACGAAUGGCGACGUUGAUAGUGCCGUUCAUGCCGCGGCAGAGACAGCACGCAGAGAGGCGCUUGCUGCGUCCGAGAAACGAAAACUUCAGACUGAACAACUCGAGGCAGAAAACAAGCAGCUGACAGAGGAAUUGACCUCAGCCAAGGUCCGACUCACAUCACUAUCCGACGAAGACUACGCUAAAACCGACCUCUACAAAUUGCUGAAAUCCCAGCAUGAAGACGUUAUCAAGCGUGUCAAUGAUUUGGAGGCCACCAACUUGCAGCUGCGCGAGGAAGCUCAGAAAUUACAGGCCGAAAGAACGUCGUAUCGCAACAAUAUGGAAGAGGAGUCACAGACGAAUAGCACCGACCUUGAAAGCCAACUGGCACGCGCCGAGUCUGAUCUUGCCCGUAUUCGCAACGCAAGAGAUGAACUAUCGGCUGAACUUUCUGUGCGUAAAGGAUCACAGGAGCAGAGUCAGGUGGCCUCAGAUUCAAUCAGAGAGCUAGCAGCUGCCCGGGAAACUCGUAUCGCUGCGCUGGAAUCAGAAGUUGAACGCCUCAGGCUGCAAAUCGGAGAGAGCACUGCUGCUUCUACUGACGAGGCUCUGCAAGGCAUGUCGGUCGAAGAACUACGAUCAAAACUCAAGACACUGGAGAACCAACACUUACUGCUCAACAACGAAUUACCGUCUAUGGAAGCGGCAUGGAAAAAGACCAAGAGCCUGGCUGAGAGGAAGGUGUCCGAGAUUACGGAAUGGGAAGAGCAGCGCACACGUAUUAACGCUGAGAAGGCAAAAGCUGACCAGAAGUACUUCGCUGCAAUGAAGGCAAAGGAGGCCCGCGAGAACGAACUUCGAACACUCAAGGCGCAGAAUGCAAAGAGUUCCGAGAUUGUCACCCAGCUGAAGGACGCCGAGAACAACAGCAGAACCCUGAUUAUCAAUCUGGAAAAGCAAAUCUCCGAGUCCAAGGAAUCGUUGACCUCCCUUUCCCAGCAAAACCGAACAAUGCAACAAAAACUCAGCGAAGGAAACAUAACUUUGGAGAAGCUUCGCACCCAAAUCACCGACAUGAAGAAAUUGGUUGUUUCAAAGGACGCUGCAUCUUCAGCGGCGGCAUCAGCGAAACGACAGGCUGAGGUUGAGCUUGAAGAAGUCAAGGUCCGCUUGGAAGAUACCAAGAAAUCUCUUGAUAACAUGAAGAGAAAGGGAUCUGGACGGGAGUCGGAAUCGGAUGACUGGCGGAAAAUCGCUAUUUGUCCUGUUUGCAACUCUAACCUACGCAACACCGUCCUCAAACUAUGCAGCCACACCUUCUGCCAAGGCUGUGUUCAGAAUCUCAUCGCCAAUCGAUCUAGGAAAUGCCCAUCAUGCGGUAAAGCAUUCGGCCAUGCAGAUCACAUGCCCAUCGUCCUGGCAUGA